AUGGUGGAUUGCCAUGCUGCCCUCGAGGGCUCCGACAAGUAUCUCUGCUCACGAUCCCACUGCCUCGGUUUGGAAAAGCUCGAAAUACCUUCCCCUGUGUCGCAAAACAUCGACUUGCUGGAUGCUGAGAUCCUGCUGAAAUGCACAUCCCCAUCUCGUGCUCCCCAUGACGAUCCGAUUCGGCCAGUCACUUUGGAAUUCGAGUUGUCUGCAUCUUCAAACUCAACAUAUUACAAACGACUCUCCCCAUGCUACAUCAAAAUCCGUAGCGACGACCUCGGCCGCUUGGGAGUGCCAGAGGACUUUGGCAGUCGCCCACCUGCACCCACGCAGACUCAAAUCCCACUCAUCAAGAAAUGGCUGGCCCGUUGUCCGGAAGAACAUGGGCCUCUCUGCGACACCUCGAUGUUUCAACCGUCUCAGUCACGGUCACUCCUGGUCGUUGACGUGAAGAACGGUUGUUUGGUUGAUCUGCCACCCUCAACCUCCCGCCGAUAUUUUGCUCUCAGCUAUGUCUGGGGGCAGGCAGCUACCUUCCAAACUGUCCUGGAUAACGUCGAUUCCUUGAGACAAAGCGGUGGAAUUGACGCUGUGAGGCAUUUGCUCCCAAAGACUAUCACCGAUGCUAUGGAUCUUCUCGUCGCUCUUGACGAACAAUAUCUCUGGUGUGACAGACUGUGUAUCGUCCAGGACGAUGCUAUGAACAAGCAUUCGCUCAUUUCCCGUAUGGACGAGGUGUACGCUACGGCGUUCGCUGUCAUCAUGGCGCGAAGUGGGUCGAAUGCCGAGGCUGGCCUAUUUGCCGAACGUCACCCAUGGCAUACAGAGGAGGGGAUUUCAGACAACCUGAGGCUAGUAGCCAUCCCCCUUGCUGACAGGGAAGAAGAAUACGGCAUGGCUCCGCUCGAAGCUUUGGUGGAUGAUUCUCAUACCCCGGAUGGUGCAGGCAAUAAUGGUAUCGACACGUGGUCCAGCACACUAUACUCCGAGUUCCAACGGUACUGUGGCGGUCACAGCAUCCUACAACGCCAUAUUACUUCGCCGCAGGAUGAUCCUGCAUUGAGCCUUAUCCCUCUCAAAGCCGGCACCCUCCGCUUCUACACCCUCUGCGCCUCCUUUGAGGUCUCGCCCUGCGAAGAGCAGUAUUACUCAACAAAAGUCCAGCUACCCGACGCAUCUGGCAUUUAA